GUGCCCGCCUCCUCUGCAGACUACAGCGAACUGCGGCAGGGCUGAUGUAAAGUUGCAUGUCCGUCGCCGAAUAGGCAACCGCAGCUGACAGCGACUGCUGGCUUUCAUUUCUGCGCUUUGAGUCAGAAUUAUUGAGGUUUUCAUCGCAAGCGGGGCGUCGCAGCACCCGGUGUGACAUGGCGGCAGAAAUAACGGAAGGCGUUGGUCAAGUCUCUGUUGGUGAACUGUAUGUGUCAGACAAAUGUGGCAACGACCAGGACGGAGAUGGCACCGAGCAGAAACCCUUCAAAACUGCUCUCAAGGCUCUGCUUUUUGCUGGGAAAGAACCGUUCCCAACCAUCUAUGUAGAGUCACAGAAGGAUGGAGAGCACUGGGCGGUCAUCUCUAAGACGCAGAUGAAGAAUGCAAAGAAGGCCUUCAACCGUGAGCAGAUGAAGAGUGACGCCAAAGAAAAGAAGGAGGCAGAGGACACUGAAAGGAGAGAAAAGAAUCUGGAAGAAGCCAAGAAGAUAGUCAUUGAGAAGGACCCCAACUUGCCUGAGCCUGAUACGAUUAAGAUCCAUCAUCUGGAGUCAAAGCGAGGUCAAAGAGUCAGAGUGUUUGGGUGGGUGCAUCGUCUCAGGAGACAAGGGAAGAAUCUGAUGUUCAUUGUUCUGAGAGAUGGAACUGGUUUCCUACAAUGUGUCCUGUCUGAUAAACUGUGCCAAUGCUACAACGGCCUGGUGUUGUCCACAGAGAGCACUGUAGCUCUGUACGGGAUCGUCACUCCAGUUCCUGAGGGGAAACAGGCGCCUGGAGGCCACGAGCUGCACUGUGACUUCUGGGAACUGAUUGGCUUGGCUCCAGCAGGUGGUGCUGAUAACCUGCUGAAUGAAGAGUCGGAUGUGGACGUCCAGCUGAACAACCGGCACAUGAUGAUCAGAGGAGAGAAUGUCUCAAAGAUCCUGCGAGUGCGAUCCACGGUCACGCAGUGCUUCAGGGAGCACUUCUUCAGCCGUGGCUACUACGAGAUCACUCCACCCACCCUGGUGCAGACGCAGGUGGAGGGAGGCUCCACCCUCUUCAACCUCAACUACUUUGGUGAGCAGGCAUACCUCACACAGUCCUCCCAGCUCUACCUGGAGACCUGCAUUCCUGCACUGGGGGACACGUUCUGCGUAGCCCAGUCCUACCGGGCCGAGCAGUCCCGCACCCGCAGACACCUGUCUGAGUACACUCACAUCGAGGCCGAGUGUCCCUUCAUAACGUUUGAAGAGCUUCUGGACAGACUGGAGGACCUGGUGUGUGACGUAGUGGACCGAGUGCUCAAAUCUCCUGCUGCUCAGCUGCUCUACGACAUCAACCCCGACUUCAAACCUCCCAAGAGGCCGUUUAAGAGGAUGAACUACAGCGAAGCCAUUGAGUGGCUCAGAGAACAUGAUGUCAAGAAGGACGACGGAUCCUACUAUGAGUUUGGAGAAGACAUCCCUGAGGCUCCAGAGAGGCAGAUGACUGACGCCAUCAAUGAGACCAUCCUGCUCUGUCGCUUCCCAGCUGAGAUCAAGUCCUUCUACAUGCAGCGUUGUGCUGAGGACAAACGCCUCACUGAGUCGGUUGAUGUAUUGAUGCCCAAUGUUGGCGAGAUCGUUGGAGGCUCGAUGCGUAUCUGGGACGCAGAGGAGCUGCUGGAGGGAUACAAGAGGGAGGGAAUCGACCCAAGCCCGUACUACUGGUACACUGACCAGAGGAAGUACGGCACCUGUCCUCACGGCGGUUAUGGUCUGGGUCUGGAGCGCUUCCUCACCUGGCUGCUGAACAGACACCACAUCAGAGACGUCUGCCUGUACCCACGAUUCAUCCAGCGAUGCCGACCUUGAACAGUGAUUUCCAAACAUUGGGGGGUUUCGGGACCUGGCAUGUGGCUGCGCUUAAUGAGCCAUAAGAUGAGAAAGAAUUCAAUGUUUCGUCCUGCUCUUCUGUUUUCUUCAUCGAUUCUGAAAUUGAUCACUUCUACAUCUGAUCUAAGGUUGAUUAUUUAACACACUGUAAUUAAUCGUGUCUGCAAGGCCUCAAAUAUCUCAAACAAGGUUCUAAAUGCUGCAAAAUGAUCACCAAAAAAUAGUACUUUUCUUCAACUUACUGUUUGUUUAGUAAAAACAAUGAUUGCAUAAAAAUGGUUAAACUAAUUUAAAAAACAAACAGAUUCCUGUUGAAUUGUUUAAGAAAAUAAACUGUAAGUUGAAUUUAAAAGUCAUGUUGAUGUUUAUCUACUGCCAUUACCACAAAAACAUCUUGGACUAAUACAUGUUGGUUGAAGAUGUGUUACAUUUCAAAAUGAAGCUCCUAGUUUAGAGAACCGAUAGAACACAGACAUUGUAUCAGUAAUCACUUCCUCAUGCAAAACCGUACACACACACACACAUACAGCUCUACCCCUUCAUAACUGCACUUGAUGACCAGUCGAAUUGUUCUGAUCAUGGCUUUGUUCACUUGUCAUGUACAUGAAUAUUUUUCUUCUCAGCUGAGUCCUGAAUAAAAAAUUAAAGGACUGUCAUUGGUGAUGUAAUAUGCUGUGAGAGCCUGUAUUUUUGUUCUGCCUCUCAGUAAACUGUGAUGUCAGUG